CGUACAUAGAACCCCCAUCGCACAAAUCAAAAAGCCAUCAACAUGCCCACCAGAUUAACGAAGACGCGGAAGCAUCGCGGUCACGUCAGUGCCGGCAAAGGUCGCGUUGGCAAGCAUCGAAAGCAUCCUGGUGGUCGCGGUCUUGCUGGCGGUCAGCACCACCACAGGACGAACAUGGACAAAUACCAUCCAGGUUACUUUGGCAAGGUCGGCAUGAGAUAUUUCCAUAAGCAAAGCAAUCAUUUCUGGAAACCGGUCAUAAACCUCGACAAGCUCUGGUCCCUAGUCCCCGCUGAACAGCGCGAAAAGUAUCUCGCAAAUAAGGAAGCCGACACCGCCCCGGUCCUCAACCUGCUGGAUUUCGGCUAUGCUAAGGUCUUAGGAAAAGGUCGCAUUCCAGAAAUUCCACUUGUUGUCCGUGCUCGAUACUUUUCCGCGGAAGCUGAGCGCAAGAUUAAAGAAGCUGGCGGCGUAGUCCAGCUCGUGGCAUGAACCUUAGCAUCGACAAUGGCUUUGUGGAACACGAGCGACGUGUUCGAACCCCAAACAGGACUGAAUUUUUUUGGCUCGAUGCAAGAGAGCCUUUUCAGCGUGGUGGCUGAGGAUGAUAUGUAGUCUAAAAAUAGAAUGCAUUCAUCCUGAACAUACCCUUGAUUCGCAUCUAUGAGGUACAUUGUACUGUUGUUGAAGUUUCACUCUCUUCAGCGUUGCAAAAGCGUACACUGUUUAGCAUUAAUUUCGUGAUUUCCUGGACGCGAGAGGUAAGUCGUGACUUGAUGAAUUUUCGUCCAAUUUUUUGUACUAUUCGUAUGAGCCAUGACGUGUUGAGCUAUGUUAUUCCGUUUGGAAAAACUUGAAUAUGAUGAAGUGAAGAACUAAACUAUCAAUUUUCAUCAUAAGAGCAUUUUCAUCAGUCUACGGACGACGUGAAUGCCACACAUAUACUAAUUCUAGCCGCCAUUUAUAUUGCCGAUUGCCAACCAUGGUAUCAACCUUAUCAUAAGAGGUUAACAGAAUAGUCAAGCGAACGCCGCGCUAUGCAUGCUUUGCAUCACCAGACUAACAAGUCAGCCUAAUUUCUUCUAGUUGCUUUCAAUUCUUCACUUCACCAACAAGACCCUCUUCCUCUUGAUCCUGGUGCAUGCUCUUUGGCAUCUGUUUAAGAUCUGGAACAACUUCAUCACCUACAAUGGUCCAUUGCUCUUCAUCCAUCUCGUGCUCAAAAUCGAAGUGACCGUCUUUACCAAAGGCAUCGCUCUUCGAAGACUUCUUUUGAACAAGCGACCGUGCGUAGUCCAGGUCUUGGUAAAUGGCGCGAAUAGCGGUCGCAACACCAUCCUCGGACCGAAUUUGCUCGCCUAUAUACUGUGCCUUCUUUCUCAUCCGCUCAUCAUGGGUAGCGUAGUAUAAUGCUCGCCCGAGUUUCUUUUCAUUCAGAAUCCGAAUGUAAAUACCAACCCCAAGGUCUUCAACACGACUUCCGAAAAAAUAUUGAUCGCCAAAGAAUGGUUUAAUGAUUGUGGGUU